CCUACCCGGCGUCCCACCUCCUCGCAGCCACCUACUCGCAGCGUCCUCACCCAGCACUCGCAGCCUGCCGCCAGCCCAGCCCAGCCCAGCCCAGCACGGCUACCGCUGCCUCCCCUCAAAGUUUCCUUAGAGCCGGGCUACCCGGAGAGAUGGGUUUCUGAAGAUGUGCUCUUCUUACAGCACCCUCCGCCGAGUCCCUACCUAAUCCGAGCAGAGACUAGAUUUUCCAAGUUAAGGGCAGAAAAGGUGGCGGCGGGGCUUUAUUAUCAAGAGAAAGAGAGAGGAGCGGCCACAACUGUGAAUAUCCGCUUCUUUCCUGCCAGAUGCCGGGGAACUGACUGACGGGCCUGUGGGGUUAAAAAAGAAAAUAAAUAGAAAGCCAAGUUGACCGAGGAGGGGCUGGGAGGCUUCCGGAUGCCGGAAAGGUUCUCCGGUUCUCCGUCCCCACAGGCGUGAAGAUUUGGAGGCACCUCCAGUGCGAGGGCUUUUAAACCGCCAACCCUCUCCUGAUCCCUCAGGAAGGAAAAGCCGGCCCAGCUGAGGCGGGGGAGUCAAGGAAAAGGCUCUGGACUUGUGUGCGUCGCGUCCUUGGCUUUGGAUUUUAAGAACACGAGAGAGAAUUAACCGCGUCGCAAGAGAAUCCAUUGGAGAAAGUUUCAAGAUGUAGAACCCUUAUAUGUGAAGUGUCCCAAAUGAAGUUGGAGCAUCCACACUGAAAUUUCUUUGUGUUGUGGAAUUGAAGACUGCCACUGGAAAGCUGCAUCAUGAGCUGCUUGGGCUUCUAAAGUGUCCAGUGGAUUUUUAAUUACAUAAGCAGUCAAAUAGGGUUAUGAGAAGAGGUUCAGAGCAGAACACUGAAAGUGGCCACCACCAGCAUGAGGAUACCAACAAGUCAAAUUGGUGAGAUGAGAAAAACAGAAUGCAGCUUUCAAGGUUCAUUUCAAGGAGUUGACUUGUGGGACUCUGAGAGAUGCUACUGCCCAUGACAUGUUUGAAUUAUCAUGAUCAACUACCCAGUUUGGAUUUCACCCAGUGGCCAAGAGCUUUGCAUGGUAGACAGCAAGGGUUGGAUUUUUAAAAAGAGUAAACCAGGUCUUCAGUAGAGAGCUUCUCUUAUCUUCCACCUGACAAUAGGCCCGUGACCAAGGUGUAAGAUAAGAGGGGGAGUCAUGCUUCACACGGCCUUAUCAUGUUGGCAGCCAUUCCUGGGUCUGGCUGUGGUCUUAAUCUUCAUGGGAUCCACCAUUGGCUGCCCUGCUCGCUGCGAGUGCUCAGCCCAGAACAAAUCUGUUAGCUGCCACCGAAGGAAACUGAUCGCCAUCCCAGAGGGCAUUCCCAUCGAGACCAAAAUCUUGGACCUCAGCAAGAACAGGCUGAAAAGUGUCAACCCUGAAGAAUUCAUCUCAUACCCUCUGCUGGAGGAGAUAGACUUGAGUGACAACAUCAUCGCCAAUGUGGAGCCAGGAGCAUUUAACAACCUCUUCAACCUGCGUUCCCUCCGCCUGAAGGGCAAUCGCCUGAAGUUGGUCCCUCUGGGGGUCUUCACGGGCCUCGCCAACCUCACCAAGCUUGACAUUAGUGAAAAUAAGAUUGUCAUUUUACUGGACUACAUGUUCCAGGAUUUGCAUAACCUGAAGUCUCUAGAAGUGGGGGAUAAUGAUUUGGUUUAUAUAUCACAUAGGGCCUUCAGUGGGCUGCUUAGCUUGGAGCAGCUCACCCUGGAGAAGUGCAACCUAACAGCGGUACCAACAGAAGCCCUCUCCCAUCUCCGCAGCCUCAUCAGCCUGCAUCUGAAGCAUCUCAAUAUCAACAACAUGCCCGUGUAUGCCUUUAAAAGACUGUUCCACCUGAAACAUCUAGAGAUUGACUAUUGGCCCUUACUGGAUAUGAUGCCUGCCAAUAGCCUCUAUGGUCUCAACCUCACAUCCCUCUCAAUCACGAACACCAACCUGUCCGUGGUACCCUUCCUUGCCUUUAAACACCUGGUCUAUCUGACCCACCUUAACCUCUCCUACAAUCCCAUCAGCACUAUCGAAGCAGGCAUGUUCUCGGACCUGAUCCGCCUUCAGGAGCUUCAUAUAGUGGGGGCCCAGCUCCGCACCAUUGAGCCUCACUCCUUCCAAGGGCUCCGCUUCCUUCGUGUGCUCAAUGUGUCUCAGAACCUACUGGAAACUUUGGAAGAGAAUGUCUUCUCCUCCCCUAGGGCUUUGGAGGUCCUGAGCAUUAAUAACAACCCACUGGCCUGUGACUGCCGCCUUCUCUGGAUCCUGCAGCGUCACCCCACCCUGCAGUUCGGUGGCCAGCAGCCCAUGUGUGCUGGCCCAGACACCAUUCGUGAGAGGUCAUUCAAGGAUUUCCAUAGCACUGCCCUUUCUUUUUACUUUACCUGCAAAAAACCCAAAAUCCGUGAAAAGAAGUUGCAGCAUCUGCUAGUGGAUGAGGGGCAGACGGUCCAGCUAGAAUGCAAUGCUGAUGGAGACCCACAGCCUGUGAUUUCCUGGGUGACACCUCGAAGGCGUUUCAUCACCGCCAAGUCCAAUGGAAGAGCCACUGUGUUGGGCGAUGGCACCUUGGAAAUCCGUUUUGCCCAGGAUCAAGACAGCGGGAUGUAUGUUUGCAUCGCUAGCAACGCCGCUGGGAAUGACACCUACACAGCCUCCUUAACUGUGAAAGGAUUCACUUCAGACCGCUUCCUUUAUGCAAACAGGACCCCUAUGUACAUGACCGACUCCAAUGACACCGUUUCCAAUGGCACCAAUGCCAAUACUUUUUCCCUGGACCUUAAAACAAUACUGGUGUCUACAGCCAUGGGCUGUUUCACAUUCCUGGGAGUGGUUUUAUUUUGUUUUCUCCUCCUUUUUGUGUGGAGCCGUGGGAAAGGCAAACACAAAAACAGCAUUGACCUUGAGUAUGUACCCCGAAAAAACAAUGGUGCUGUUGUGGAAGGGGAGGUGGCUGGACCCAGGAGGUUCAACAUGAAAAUGAUCUGAGGGUCGACCACUCCAGCUAUGGUUUCCGUGUCAUUGUUGGUAACCAGUUAAGACAGCCUGGCACAGUAAAGCACUAGGUUAAAAGGCAGCUUAGUGCCGCUGCCCCUGUGUCAAAGCAGGGUCCGUGGAAGCAGGAGGACUUCUGAUGGAGACUCGCCGCCUCAAGGCAGGCAUGUGUCAGAGCCCUUCACACAGUGGGAUACUAAUUGUUUGCAUUGCAAAUAUUGGCAUUCUGGGGAUCUCAGUAAUGAACCUGACCUUUGGCUUAUGCUCAUGGACAGUUAUUCAACAUUUUCUACCACUGCAAAAACAAAAGAAUAAAUAAAAAGGAACAACCUACAAUGUAGGAUUUACAUAUUAAAAAGACACAUUUGUCCAAAACAUACUCUACAGAAAAAUUUGUAUCUCUGAUUCUCAUCUGUUAAAGCCUUGCAUCAUACCGUAUUGUUGGUUCAACACCACAAAGAAAUCAAUAUAUUCUUUACUCUUUUUUUGAAACAUAUAUGCUGUAUAUGUUUUAAAGCAAUAUGAAUGAGAGGUUGUGCUUUUAGUUACUCACCACUAUCGAUCCAAGUGUGAUUUCACCUUCCUUUACAUAGAGAUAACCCUGAGACUAGAUCCCUGGAGUUAUGGGCGGAUAUAUGUUGAAAGAUGUAUUUGUCUGACGUAGGAUGCCAAGAAAUAGGACCCAAGGCAAAAAUGCUCAAUUCUGUUAACUUCUGUUACUAUAAAUAAAGGCAUGUGCCUAGUUUUGAUACAGAAUGGAAUAUUUUUUAUACUUGUGAUAUCACACUGGACCAGUUUACUGUUACAAAGUCCUUGGUUUCUCCAGAAGGUGGUGUGCCACUGUUUAUACCUGUAAAAUGCAAGGUAGGUGUUAAUAAUGAAAAUUAUUCAUUUAACCACAACUUGAUUUUACUUUCAUCGAUUGCUACUAAUGGGUUAAUAGAAAAGGGAAGAGGAUGUGCUUGUUAUAUAUACUCAUAGGGCACUAUUCAGCUCGUAGCUAAGAUCAACUGUUCAGAUGUUUAAAAGCUCUCUGGAUAAGGAGGAGUUCUUCUCAGAUUCCAGCACAAACCAGGGUGAUCCAUGCAUUACACGAUCCAUGCAACUAAGGAUCUGUUUAAAAUAUGAUAGCUGUCUGAAGGCUAGAUUGCUUCCAGUCUAAGGAAUCAUCUAGCUACUGCAACUCUGCUGUUGUCUAUUCAAAUACUUUAAACACAGUAUUAUCUUUUUUUUUUUCCCGGACCAGGGCACGAACCCGUGUCCCCUGCAUCGGCAGGCGGACUCUCAACCACUGCGCCACCAGGGAAGCCCCACAGUGUUAUCUUAAAUGGACAACUUCAGGGUUUCUCCCUGCUUCCUCUCCAAAUAGAUACUGAUUUUUAUUUUGAAAAUUGUCUGGUGUAGACAAGAAGAAUCUGUCUUGUUUUUAAAGAAGUGGCGAAAAACAAGGUAGAUUAAGCAGCACUUACUGAUUUUUUUUUUUCUCUCCACUGAGGAACAACUAAG